CCAGAAAUUUCCCCUCCCUCUCUGCAGAAUCCGGAUCUGCCCUGCUUUGCUCUGUCCUUCCGCCGGCUGCUCUUGAUUGUGGGUGAUUUCUGGGCAUUUUUCUGAUUGCCGCCGGCCUUCUUCCCCCUGCUAGGUCCGGUUCUUGCUGGAAAAUUCUGGUCCUCGAUCGUUUUGUCAGUUAGCACUGAGAGUGAGUGCUCGGUUUUAUGCGAGUGAGGUAAGUAAUUUAUGGUAAUGCCCGUACUGUUUUAAAAGCAUGUUUUGAUUUGUUUUUGAAGUGGUGGCGGGACUAAACCCGUUUUACACAAGUGUGACUGAUUUGAAGUGAAAUGUUUUAUGCUUUCAUUAAAUUGAGCAUGUCUACUUGAAAUUUGAUUGAUUGUCCUGAUUAUUUGAAAGUGAUUGGUGAAUUAUGUUUUUCUAUUAACUUCAGCCUGUUUUGUCUCUGAUGUGGUCGUGUUAUUACUGACCCUGCUAGUAGGGGUUAAACGCUAGCACAUGUCGACAUGUUAUUGAUAGGACCGGUUCGUUCGACUGACCCUGCUAGUGGGGGUUAUACACCAGCAAAUACUGACCCUGCUAGUGGGGGUUAUACACCAGCAAAUCGUGGCUCUGCUAGUGGGGAUUAUACACUGGCCGUGACCUAUAGAGGAGACGUCUAUUUCGUGCCCAUACUGUAUCCGUUUUUCGUGAUUGUACUUGUUGGCAUGCUAUAAGUUUAAUUAAGGGCACUCCAUAUUUACUUACUGAGUUUAUCUCAUAGUUUUUCCUUGUCCACUAUUUCAGGAAGUGAAACCGAGGACGGGGAAACCACGGGAAGUGACGAGUUAGAAAGCUAGCCAUUUCGGGAUUGAUAUAGAUUGUAGAAGUAAAUCAUGAUCUUGUAAACUAGAAUGUAUUUGGAGAUUUAUGAUAUCAGAGUAAAUUUUAAAGAUUUGAUCUUCAGAUUUUGAUGGUAUCAGAGUAUGAUAUGAUUAAGUUCCGAGCCUUGUGCACUUGUGGGACUCGUCUCACGAGUGCACGGCGUCUGUCACGUCCCCGGAUUUGGGUUCUGGGGCGUGACAAUUAUAUAAC